AUGACCAAGACUCUGCGGCCUAUGGCGACAGCGUGGUAUCAAAGGCUCAAGAUCAUGUGCCAGCGUAGUAAGAAGAUGCAGGCAUACAGCAAGAAUCUAUUCGUGGCUUGGGAGCUCGGAUGCCAGGGCGCAGUCGAGGAGAUGCUCCAGGAUAUUACCGAAAUAUAUCCUGUUGCUCAACCCCGUGUCAAGAUGCUCCAAGUCUUCAAUGCAGAAGGCAAAGAGAUAACAAUCAAGAUUCUCGCCAAACACCCGCUCUGUUGGCAUACCGGCCCUUGCUCUGCUGUGAACCUCGCAGAUGACAUCCCCGAAAAGUUCAUCCAAGCGACACAAGACCUUGGGAUAGAUUCCUUUAUACCCUCGUUGAAUUCCGACCAGAUUGGAUACCGAGGCAGCGUGUCAAGAUUGAAUCGCCUAUUUAAAGAAGUCGAAAAGCUUGCAUUCGGAGAGCAUCACCCUCACUACUGGUGCGCACAUUUUCAACGGAGCCCAUUCCCAAGUAUUCUUUCGGCACGCUAUCAACAACUGGGCUUGAUAUUGUCUAGGCGUCACAUGGAAGUGCUUGUGGACCAAACCUGCAAGAUUGAGAUGACGGUGUUCAUUGGCAGUGAUGGCAAGGCCAUUCUGGAAGACGAAGACAGUGAAGAUGAUGAGAGCAGUGGUUUUCGGAGUCUCUUGGUUGAUGCUCGAUACUAA